GCUUUAUCGAUAUCGGCCUGGCUAUGUACCUAAGCUCCCUCAAGCUCUUUUGUUGUUGCAUUUUAUAUUUUAUAUUUUACCUAUUUUUAUCUUCUUCUUUUCUAUGCCCUCCCUUUUUCAAAUACCCUCCUUCACAUGACACGCCAGUAUUUGAGAUGAGAAUCAAGGGAAAGCCACUUUGGAUGCUAAUUAGUGAUGUUCAUUUCAAAUCUUUCGACCUCGACCGGAUUAUCCGUACAACGAAUUGGAUUAACUCCUUGCCAAAUUCAUAUAACAUCUCCCGUGCUAUCAUCUGCGGCGAUCUCUUCACAACACGCACUUCCCAGCCCACUCACGUGCUUUCAGCAUGUUACCGCUUCUUAAACAAGUUGGUAGAAGCCGUGCCACAUGUGAACAUCAUUCUGGGCAAUCAUGACCUAGCCUACCGCCUCGAUUAUACUACUUCAGCCUUGGAAGCACUCUCUAUUAGUCGGCUAUCCCCAUUUGUGACCCUGCAUACAGAAAUAGGAUGUCAUGAAUGGGAUGGAAGGCAUGUGUUUGUAAUGCCCUUCCGUGAUGACCAGAGUCAGAUUAUCGAUUCCGUUCGUGAUCUGGAUCCCAAGUACGCGGCCACGGCGGUGGGGUUUGGCCAUCUAGCUAUAAAUCGGGCCAUAACCCAGAAGUAUGUUGUCAAGUCCGAGACGGGAAAAUCAAGUUCACCUAUAAGGUACCCCGGACUUACCGGCGCAAGUAAUUUUGCACCUCUGGCAAGGACUUUCACCGGGCACUUUCACAGUCACCAAACCAUUUUGCAGGCCGAGAACAAGCAAUCGGGAGAUCUUCAAGGAAGCAUAACAUAUAUCGGGGCACCUUUACAGCUAACGUGGGCAGAUCUAUUUGACACCCAAAAGGGGGCCAUUCUUCUCGACCCUGAAACCUUGGAGCAUGAACUUAUUAGUAGUCCAUAUGCCGAAGGUUACACGGCUGUCGACGUAGAAGAUGUGCUCGCGGAAAAGCUUCAGGAUGAACAGGUUCAGAACAAGCAUGUCAUGGUUCUGGGGAAACUAUCGAGGCACAAAUACAUCUCUGCUAGAGAUAGUCUUGCAAAGCUAGGAGCACGCAGUGUGAGGGAUUGGAAGCCCUUUGAGCCAGAAUGGACAGCAUCACACUCUGGUCUGGGAAAGACUAUGCUCCCUAUUGAUAUGCAAAGUCAAUCAGAUCAAAAUGCAGCAAAGAUGCUAGAGGCAAAGAAAAGAGCUUCUGAGAUCGAUGAGCCUAGAUUUACGGCUGGGAAAAUAGAGCGGGAAUCAAUCAACUUAGACGAAACGGUGGAUGAGUAUUUGUCCUCUCUGACAUUUGACUCUACUCUAGAAGAGAGGAAACAGAUCUUGACUGUUGUGGGAAAACGACUUGUGAAUAUCGGUAAUCUUGUCCAUGACAAAACUAGCUCUACAGUCAAGUAUAGGGACAUGCUUGACUUAUCAACACCAGCUACGGUUAUCCCUUCGAGCGACGCCCCAAACGCAGCCAUGGCCCAAACCAUUUUUGCCGCACACCCUGUUUCUGUCGAAAUCACGAACUUCCUUGGUGUCCAGGGAACCCUCAAUCUCGAAUUCAAGAAACACUUCGUACCAGGCGUAAACUUCAUCGUGGGCCACAAUGGGGCGGGGAAGAGCACCAUCAUUGAGGCAAUGGUCUGGUGCCAGUUCGGACAGUGUAUUAGAGAUGGACUUGGAGUAAACGAUGUUGUCAACGACGUUGUCAAGAAAAAUUGCAAUGUCCGUCUGACAUUUGCGAAUGGGUAUACUAUCUCACGAUCCCGAAAUCAUAGCGAGUUUCAAAAUCGAGUGAUUGUGGAAAAAGAUGGUAUAAUCCAGUCGCAAUUUGAAGGGCCUAAUACCAGAAGUAGCCAAGCAUCUAUCAACGAAUUGCUAGGAGUUGAAUUCGAAACAUUCAUCAGAACAAUAUUGUUGGGCAACGAAAGCACGCGAAGCUUCUUGAGUGCCUCGUCAAUACAAAGGAGGCAGUUGACCGAGACAGCAUUGGGUUUAGGGAUUUUAGACCGAUGUGCAGAGGCCUGCAAUUCCAUGUUAGGCCAAGUUGAUGAAGAAUUAAACCAGAAGAAGUCAGAACUAAGAGAAGUUACACAUACCCUUGUGCAUCUGAAAGGUCGAAUGAAACAGAUGGGAGGAGUGCCAAGACGUCUACGGAGCGAAGGAUCAUCUCUCGCCAGUCAAAUGGACCGCGAGGAAAAGAAUCAUAUCGCCUCCUUGAACGAGAACAGUCUUCGGGUGAUCAAGUUGCAGAAGGCCCUUGCGGCCGAACUGCCUUUGUCUGCUCUCGAACCAGAGCUUUCAGAUGUCCAGGAACAAUUGUCGUGGGCACAGGCAGAGGUCAGCAAAAUUGGCGACCUAGCAAGGCUUGCCCAAGCACGUUUAUCUAUUGAUCGUGAAGGUGCUACUAUCAAACAAGAAAUAAAAACUGCCAGCUCAUGGUUUGAUGAGCUUGAGAAAACCCUUGAGCGUCUAGUUGGGGAGAACGAUGCAUUGGAGAUUCCAGUGUCACUCAUUGAUGAGGAACGUAACAAAAACAAACAUGACGAAAAUAAGGGGGCAAGUGACGACCAAGGCUUCUUACCGAGCGUUUCACUUUUCUUUGGCAUGCUUUGGGAAUCAAUUCUGAAAGUUAUAAACUUCAUAGAAUCCAAGAUAGCAGCAAAGGCUAUCGCCAGGGCUAGAGAAGUUGAGCGACAAUGGAAUGGCCAUGUAGCAGCUAUAUUCAGUCUUUCCGAAAGCGCUACUAAAUCACAAUUUAAGGUGAAUGCUAUAAGGGACAGAAUAGCCACCUUUCCCCGCGAUAUCGCCAGACAGAACUCAAUUAGCGAAGAUGAUGUGCAUACUAUUCUAAGGGAUUUCACAGUCCAAGAAGCAUUGCGAAUUCCUAGCCAGCUUAGUGCUGCUAUUGCUGAACUAAAUGCUCUCCAAAAGAGAGAUGAACUUUUGCGACGCAAUUAUGAAAGCCAUCGGCAAAAGCUUCUUCGCAAGCAGCACGAUCUCGAGGGAUAUCAAAAGGCUAUAGAUGUGGCAAGAAGGCGCUGGGAAGCGUCCUUGGAUCGCUAUGAAAUAAUGCUUUCCAGCAGAGAGCGAGAAAUCUCUACAUAUGAAGCACAGCUCAAAUCCGACGCUGAGUCUCUUGCCAAACUCAGCCAUCAGGCUGCUACACUUGGUGAAGAAGCUGCGAGUAUACAUUCCCAUCGAGAAAUAUUCGCCUUCUGGCAGUCUUCCUUUACACGUCGUCAAGUAUCAGCGUCAAAAGCUACGUUCCGUCGAUACGUCACCGAGCGACACCUCGGAGAGUUGAACAAACUCCUGGGGCAGAUUCUGAUGGUCAUGUACCAGGACGCGAACUAUGCGCGUAACAUGACGAAGGGUACUAUCGGGGCACUAUUCAAGGAAGACCACGAUGAAGACGAAGGCUACGGUAGCAGUAGUCAGAAGUCUGCUUCGGUGCUCGAGCCUUCGCUGUCGAUCAACCCCUCUCUCGCGUACGCCAAGAGGAGCGGCGGCGAGCGGAAACGCGUGGACCUCGCGCUCUUCUUCGCGCUUUUUAUGAUGGGCGAGGCGAGGAGCCCACACAUGGCUGGGUACAUGCUUGUAGAUGAAGCCUUCGAUAGUCUGGACGAUGCGGGCCAGGCCUCGGUGCUCAAGUGGUGCCGCUGGAUGACAGAGCGGCUGGCCUACGUGUUCGUCAUCACCCACAACCGGAGUCUGGUUCGUCUUGCCGAGAAGGAGGGCGAUGCGGAAAAUGGCGUGGGGGCGAAUGUUGUCACGGUAAAGGCAGGGACUGAAGGAGUCGAGUUGGUGGCGGAAGGAGAUCAGGCUUUGUAGGUGAUACCCACCUGCAUUGGCCUUAUAGUUUAAGCUUGCCCGGUACGGGAGCUUUUCAUGACGUGUAAGCGUUAUUUAUGUGUACCUGGAUAAUCCAGUACGUGAAGGCCUCACGCACCAAUGGGCCAAGAAAUUUUGUAUAGUACCAAUAUACCCACUCAUCCCUUCAAA